GAGAGAGAGAGCAUGGAUUUACCGCUCAGAGUGAAACGCACAGCGCUCAUCAAACUCGCCUUGACGCUUUGCUGUGUCCGGCUGUCAUCCUGCAAAGAUGGCUGUGACAGUCCACUGGUGUCCAAUCUCCCACAGUCAGCUUUCAGAAGUUCAUCUCAGCUGUCCAACAGCCAUGGACCAGGCUAUGCCAAACUCAACAGGAGGGAUGGGGCAGGUGGAUGGUCACCAGUCAACUCCAUCAAACAUCAGUGGUUGGAGAUCAAUCUUGGGAAAAGGACGGAGGUCACAGGAGUCGCUACACAGGGCAGAUACGGCAGUUCUGACUGGGUCACUCACUACCUCCUCAUGUUCAGUGACACAGGCCAUAACUGGAGACAGUACCGGCAAGAGGACAGCAUUGGGGUAUUCUUUGGGAACACGAACGCAGACAGCGUAGUGUCCUACAAACUCCAGCAGCCGGUGUUUGCCCAGUUCCUCCGUGUGCUGCCUCUGCAUUGGAAUCCUAAUGGAAGAGUCGGGUUGCGACUGGAGGCAUACGGCUGCCAAUACAAAUCUGACGUGGCCAGCUUCGACUCAGCCAGCUAUUUGCUCUUCAAGCUUGACGCAGUCACCAAUCCAUCACCCAAAGACCUUCUAACGAUGAACUUCAAAAGUCUUCACAACUCCGGGGUCCUGAUGCACAUGGAGGGCAAUCACGGACACACCGUCAGUCUGGAGUUACUCAAAGGAAAGCUCUUCAUACAUCUCAGAAAAGGUAAUUUUCACAUAGAGGUGUCACUCGGCAGCCUGCUGGAUGACCAACACUGGCAUCUUGUUAGCAUCGAGCGACUCCGAGGACACGUCAACUUCACAGUGGACAAAAGCACGGAGCAGCUCCAACUCCCUGACCACCUGAGUCACUUUGAGAUUAACGAGAUCAGUUUCGGUGGCGUUUCGGCCGACGGGACUCAGAGAGAAAACUCCAGGAGGAACUUCUACGGCUGUCUAGAGAACGUCCAGUACAACGGCGUUAACGUGAUCGAUCUGGCUAAAAACAAACAACUCACCACAGUGGGAAACGUCACGUUCACGUGUUCGGAGGCCGUCGACGUGCCGGUGACGUUUGACAGCUCGGAGAGUUUUCUUCAGUUGCUGUGGACGUCAACACGUGACACCUUGUCGGUCGGGUUACAGUUCCGAACCUGGAACAAAGCGGGGCUGCUUAUGACCUUUGACCUCCAUCACCAAGCAGGAACGCUGUGGGUUUACCUGAGCGAGGCAAGGGCAAGGAUGCAGGUCCAUAAGGCCGGCAGGCUCAUGGCCGACAUCACGGCAGGGUCAGCGCUGAACGAUGGCCAGUGGCACUCUGUAGAUCUGAGCGUCCGUCGAGGACGUCUGAUCCUGGCAGUGGACAAAUCGGACAUGUCCACCAUCACCAUAUCCUUCCCUGUCAUGCCUAUGAACCAGAUCUUUUUAGGAGGAUGUCCAAUUACAGAUGAUGGAUGCACGAAUCCCUUCAGCGUUUUCCAGGGAUGCAUGCGCCUCAUCCACCUGGACGAGGGGCUGGUGGAUCUGAUCAAGGUGCAGCAGAUGCUCUUGGGCAACUUCAGCAACCUCCAGAUGGACGUGUGCGGCAUCGCCGACAGGUGCUCUCCGAGUCACUGCGAACACGGUGGGAGGUGCUCGCAGUCAUGGAGCUCUUUCCACUGCGACUGCACUGAUACCGGCUACAGAGGAGCCACGUGCCAUAGCUCGGUUUACGAGGCAUCAUGCGAGGCCUACAAACACAGAGGGAACACUUCAGGACUGUAUCACAUAGACGUGGAUGGAAGCGGACCCAUCAAACCACAGCUUGUGUACUGCAACAUGUCAGAUAAAGCGUGGACUGUCAUCCAACACAAUAACACUGAGCUCACCAAAUUACGAGCAUCCUCAGGGAGCACUCAGCAUUUGGCCUCCUUUAACUAUUCUGCCGACGCCGAGCAGCUCACGGCCAUAAUUACCCGAGCCGAGCACUGCGAGCAGGAACUCUCCUACCACUGCAAAAAGUCACGCCUCCUAAACACACCAGAUGGCACGCCGUUCACCUGGUGGGUGGGUCGGUCAGGAGAUGCCCACACGUACUGGGCAGGGGCACCACCGGGCAGUCAGCAGUGCGGCUGCGCCGUUCACGGAGACUGUGUGGAUCCUGAGCACUUCUGUAACUGUGACCGCGACCUCGAUGACUGGCUGAACGAUUCUGGCGUCCUUUCUCACAAAGAGCAUUUGCCUGUCAGGAUUUUGGCUGUGGGGGACGUUAGCAGGCCGGGGUCAGAGGCAGCGUAUCGGGUGGGUCCCCUUCAGUGCCACGGUGACAAGGACUUCUGGAAUGCUGCCCACUUUGAUAAGGAGACGUCUUACCUCCACUUCCCCACGUUCCGCGGGGAGCUCAGCGCUGAUAUUUCCUUCUUUUUCAAGACCUCCUCUUCCAACGGCGUGUUCCUCGAAAACCUGGGAAUUAAGGACUUCAUCCGAGUCGAGCUGAGCUUGCCAAACGAAGUGGUUUUCUCCUUCGACGUGGGGAACGGGCCGUUUAAGGUGCACGUAAAGACUCCGGUUCCUCUGAACGAUGAGCGCUGGCACCACGUGGUCGCCGAGCGCAACGUCAAAGAGGCGUCUCUGAGUGUGGACCGUUACCCUGGAUCAGUACGGAAAGCCCCCACUGAGGGGCACAUCCACCUCCAGCUCAACAGUCAGCUCUUUGUGGGAGGAACUGCGUCAAGGCAGAAGGGCUUCCUGGGCUGUAUCCGCUCACUGAAGUUGAACGGUAAGACGCUGGAUCUGGAGGAGCGAGCGAAGAUCACACCUGGCGUCCAGCCCGGAUGCCCAGGCCACUGUAGCAGCUACGGACACCUCUGUCAGAACCAGGGUCGGUGCCUCGACAAGCACAACGGCUUCACCUGCGACUGUGGAGCCUCAUCAUACUCCGGAACCUUCUGUCACAAAGAGGUUUCUGCGUUUUUCCGACCCGGGACCUCAGUGACGUACACGUUCAAGGAGCCUUAUGAGCUGAACAGAAACAACAGUGCCAUGUCCUCAUCCAUUUACUCAGACCUGACGCUGAAAGGAGAGAACGUAUCGCUGAGUUUUCGCACCAGCCAGGUGCCUGCCGUACUCCUUUACGCCAGCUCAUACUACAGGGAAUUCCUCGCCAUCUUCCUCAACAGGAACGGUCAACUGGAGGUGAUGUACAAACUACAGAAUGACCGAGACAUUGACGUCUUCAGAUCGAGCACGAAGAACCUGGCCGAUGGACAGUUGCACCGAGUGUCUAUCAGAAGAGUCAUGGAGAGCCUCAGAAUUCAGAUUGAUCAGAACGCGAGGGAAGACUUCAACCUAUCAUCAGAUGUUGACUUCAAUGCCAUCAAAGCCAUCGUCAUCGGGAAACUGCCUGAAUAUGAUGAGCUGGAUGCAGAGAUAACUCACCUGACUUCUCAGGGCUUUGCUGGCUGCCUGUCAGUGGUCCAGUUCAACUCCAUCUCUCCUCUGAAAGCAGCACUGCUUUAUCCGCACACCAGUCCCGUUAUCGUCACAGGGACACUGACCGAGUCCAACUGCGGUUCAUCUUCGUCAUCCAGUCCCUACGCGGCCGAGACGACCCACUCGCUGUUGGAUCAUGUGGGCACUGUAGGAGAGCCCGUAGUCAAUGCAAUCAGCGGCGACUCUGCUUUGAUCGGAGGCGUCAUCGCCGUGGUGAUAUUCGUGAUCCUAGCCUGCUUGGCUGUCAUGGCACGAUUUUUCUACAGACGGAAAGAGACGUUUCAGACCCAGGAGUCGAAAGGAGCGAAAUUGGAGGACGGGCCCGAGACGGCGUUACACACCGACCCCAGCGCACAGAGCGUCAUCAGCGAAAGCCAAAAAGAGUAUUUCAUAUGAUGAACCUGUUC